GUCAAUGCUGCCGAAGACCAAGAAGAAGAAGGCCACCAAUCUUCAUUUACCUACUGUCGGUAUGUGUCGACCGGCCUUCGCUAUCGUCCUGGUCUGUGCCCUUACGGAGCUCGCCCAUUCGCAGAACCCUUACUACGUAAAAAGAUGUUUCAAGAGAGACACAGAGGUGAACCAGUGCCUGAAGCAGUCGACCAAUUACCUGAUAGCAAACAUCAGGAGGGGCAUCCCAGAAUUAGGAAUAACGAAUCCAGAACCAAUUGUGAUUGACGAGAUCCAGUUAGCAUUAGGGAAUGGCCCAGACGGAUACAGGGCCACAUUUAGAAAUAUUGAAGCGUAUGGUGUUAGCAAUGUCACUGUUACGGCAGUGAGGUCUGAUGUAGAAACCAACCAAUAUCAGUUCACCAUGUAUAUACCAAAAAUCACAGCCAAAGCCAAAUAUGAAUCCAGUGGCGUACUCAUUUUGGUACAAGCUUCAGGGGGAGGAAAUUAUUGGGGAGAAUAUGAGGGAGUAAAGAUCAAGAUAUACAUGCGAGGUCUACCGCACACACAUAAAGGCAGGUCAUUCCUGACCGUACAACAAAUGAAGAUGGACUUCAGUGUGAAGAACAUUCGGAUGGGUGUGGACGGAAUACAUAAUGGCAAUACUGUGCUUCAGGCAGCACUGAACCUGUUCAUCAACUCGAAUAGCCAAGAAUUAUUGAAGGAAAUGAAACCACAUCUGAAGAAGAAGCUAUUGGUAUUGAUGAAAAACUUUGCUGACAAUCUGUUUUCGACUGUCCCAUAUGACUCAUUCGUAGCCUAAGUAAUUUAUUUUGUAAUUAAUAAGGAC